GGCCGCAGAAGUGAACGAGCCUGAGUCUGCGUGGCAGUCAGCGGCUACUCCAUCCUUAAGAAUGACCUCCAAGUGCCCAAGAUGCGAAAAGCCGGUGUUUUUCGCGGAGAAGGUGAGCUCUCUGGGGAAGAACUGGCACCGAUUCUGCCUGAAAUGUGAACGCUGUAAUAAGAUUCUGUCUCCUGGAGGCCAUGCUGAGCACGACGGAUUGCCCUACUGUCACAAGCCCUGCUACGGAACCCUGUUUGGACCAAAAGGUGUGAACAUUGGUGGGGCGGGGUCAUAUAUUUAUGACACGCCUCCUCAGACACCAGUCAACAAAUCAUGUGACAGCCCUUCAGACAGCUCGCCCACCACGCCAUGGUCCAACUCGCAAAUCAGCCAUCAUCAACCCAAAGUGCCAACUGCUCCAGUUCGGAUGUUUGCUGGAGAGACGUCUCAGUGCCCCGGCUGUGGGAAAGUGGUCUACUUUGCUGAAAAGGUGACGUCAUUGGGUCGUAACUGGCACAGGCCGUGUCUACGCUGUGAGAGAUGCAAGAAAACUCUGGCCUCUGGUGGUCAUGCUGAGCAUGAAGGACGGCCUUAUUGUCACGUGCCCUGUUACGGAUACCUAUUUGGGCCAAAAGGUGUGAACAUUGGCAAGGUGGGCUGUUACGUCUACGACAAAGACAACACAGAGAAUGAAAUUCCAAGUGAAUAUUAACUGAGCUUAAGGGACCCGUGAAUGGAAAUGGAUUUUAUUAUUAUUUUCAGCCAUAUCGUACAUGUGGAAGAUGUAUUUGUAUGUAUUUACACUAUUAAUACUAAGGUAAGCUAUUAAGCUGUGUAUUGUUUUACAAAAAAAAGAGAAAGUUUCACAAAGUAGUGAAAAUGCCUGCAUGCAUCACCUUCAAUACAAGAAUUUGCUCAGCUCACAAACCCCAGCAAAUAUACCCUGAACACACUGAAAUACCUACACAGUUCAAUUCUUUUGCCAUCGCCGUCACCGUCAUAAACAAGUGUCACAUUGUAAAAUAGGAUUGUAAAUGUCAUUUAAUUUCAUGUUUAGGCUAAUAAAAUUUUUAACUGCAAAUA